AUGACCACGAACGGAACAGCUUCGACCUCAUCCAAAGUCCCACCAGCAGGGAUCUGGGCACCUGCUGUGACGUUCUUCGACCACGACAAAGAUGAACUGGACCUCGUCUCACAAGCCAAGUACUACAAGUACCUCUCGCAGCAUCUGACCGGACUGGUCAUUCUCGGUACGAAUGCAGAGACAUUCAUGCUCACGAGAGAUGAACGAGCUCAACUUCUCAAGACGGCGAGGGAGGCUGUUGGGCCGGAUUAUCCUAUCAUGGCUGGCGUAGGAGGCCACAGCACCCGCCAAGUGCUCGAAUUCAUCCAAGACGCCGUCGCCGCCAAAGCAGACUACGUCCUCGUGCUCCCCUGCGCCUACUUCGGCAAACAAACCACCGCGAGCGUCAUCACCAACUUCUACGACGAAGUCGCGCAGAAAAGCCCCCUCCCCAUCGUCAUCUACAACUUCCCGGGCGUCUGCAACGGCAUCGACAUCGACUCGGACGUCAUGACGAACCUCGCGAACCGCCACAAGAACAUCGUCGGCACGAAACUCACCUGCGCGUCCGUGGGCAAGAUCACCCGUCUAGCAGCCACUUUCCCCUCGACGGAAUUCGCCACGUACGGCGGACAAUCCGACUUCCUGAUCGGAGGCCUCGCCGUCGGAUCCGCAGGCUGCAUCGCGGCCUUCGCCAAUAUCUUUCCCAAAACCAUCUCCAGAAUCUACAGCCUGUACAAGUCGGGCCAAGUGGACGAGGCGAUGAAGUUGCAUCGGAUUGCCGCGAACGCGGAGAGUUUCAGCAAGGCGGGCAUUGCGAAUACCAAGUUUGCGGCGAGUGUUACCAGUGCAAGGUAUGCGGGGAUUGAGGAUGCGGAGAGGAAGUUGUUGCCCAGACGGCCGUAUGAGGGACCGAGUGAGAAGGUGAAGGGGGAGAUUCGGGGCAAGAUGGCGGAGAUGAUUGGGAUUGAGGAGGCGCUUUAG